AAAAAAGAUCUAAGCUGAUUUCCUGGAAGGGUCAGGGUCUGACCUCAGUCCAUUUCCUCAGACCCCACUCUCCAAAAUCCAUACUGGGCAUCCUCCAUUAGUGCUCCUAAACCAUUCUCUCUCUGUGAUCCCUUCGUCUCAUUCGUAUUCUUAUCGCCGACCCAAGGGUUGUGUAGUGGUUUUGAUGAAUGAAGUAUGAGAUUUGGUGGAGGGGUUGCCGCAACUUGAGAAGGGGCUGUUCAGGUUAGAUUGAGAAGAAGCAAAUCGAAGAGGGGGCAUAUUUAUAUCCAUUGGUAAUCAGAUCAUCGAAAGUGGGGUUUGCCAGUUUUGAAGUGUUGUGUUGAAUGCUGCAGAAGAGACUGCAAGCAAGAGGCUCCAAAGUUGUUCUUGCUGUUUGAUGGUGAUAUCAUAACUAUAAUCAACAUUAGGGGUGGGGGCAGAGAUCAUGGUUCCACAGCGCCACCACAACAGCAACGAUGGCGUUUCUCAACGGGUCAACAGCCCACGGUUCUCGGGUCCUAUAACUCGUCGUGCACACUCCUUCAAGCGUAACAACAACAGCAAUGACAUUAAUAAUGGCACUAAUUCGAACACCAUCCAAAAUAAUGGGCUUAGUAGCCAUCAUGAGAUUGAUCUUCCUGUGAACUCACCCAGAUCAGAAGCUUUCAGAAGCACGGUUCUAGUGGAUGGCUUUGAAUCCGGUUUGGAACGGAAGACAGGUCAACAUGUUAGCCAGAGAACUCACGGGGGUGUUGCUGCUAAAAGUUUGUUAAAUCCUGGUUUUGUUUCUCUGGACUUUAGGCUAAGGGAGAAAAGGAAACUGGGACAUUUGAUGUUCAUGAUGUUCUGUGGUCUUUGCUUGUUUCUGGGUAUUCUCAAGAUCUGCAUGAAUGGUUGGUUUGGAUCAGUCAUCGAGACCAACGAAUCACAUCAGGAUAAACCCGACUCCAUUACAAGUAGAAAUCAAGUGGAUCAGAAAUCUCAUAAUCUUAGAUAUAGGGAAGGGGAAAGUAGUAUGGAGCGAACUCCGAUGAUGGAAUCACGUGUAGUCGGGAGUCAAAAUGGUGUGGAGUAUUCAGAAAUCUGGACGAAACCCGACAGCGAGAAUUUUGCUCCUUGCAUCGACGAGGGAAGGCGCCACAAAAAGCUAGAUGCGAAGACGAAUGGAUACAUUCUCGUAAAUGCCAACGGUGGCUUGAAUCAGAUGAGAUUUGGGAUCUGUGAUAUGGUUGUGAUUGCAAAGGUUAUGAAAGCAGUGCUCGUCCUUCCUUCGCUCGAUCAUAAGUCUUAUUGGGCAGAUGAAAGUGGCUUUAAAGAUCUGUUCAAUUGGCAACACUUUCUUCAGACAUUGGAGAACGAUGUUCAUAUAGUAGAGACACUACCACCCGCGUACGCCGAAUUAGUGCCCUUCAACAAAACACCAAUUUCUUGGUCCAAGACUGGUUACUAUAAAGCAGAGGUCCUACCACUGCUGAAGCAGCAUAAGGUGAUGUAUUUUACUCACACGGAUUCCCGGCUGGCUAACAAUGGUCUCUCGAGUUCUAUACAGAAGUUGAGAUGUCGUGUCAAUUUCGAAGCGUUGAAAUAUUCAGCUCCAAUUGAAGAGCUGGGGAACACCUUGGUCUCUAGAAUGCGACAGAAUGGAAGCCUUUAUAUUGCUCUUCAUUUGAGGUAUGAGAAGGAUAUGCUGGCAUUUACAGGCUGCAGUCAUAAUUUGACAACAGCCGAAGACGAUGAGCUGCGUAGAAUGCGUUAUGAAGUUGCCCAUUGGAAAGAGAAGGAAAUCAACGGGACGGAGAGAAGGUUGCUCGGUGGCUGCCCGCUGACCCCAAGGGAGACUUCUCUUUUGCUCAGAGGCUUGGGGUUUCCUUCCAGCACCAGAAUAUAUUUGGUAGCUGGUGAGGCUUAUGGAAAUGGAAGUAUGCAAUAUCUUAAGGAUCAUUUCCCCAAUAUAUAUUCCCAUUCUACACUCUCCACAGAAGAUGAGUUGAAUCCUUUCAAGAAUCACCAGAACAUGUUAGCUGGCAUCGACUACGUCGUAGCCCUUCAAAGCGAUGUUUUUAUCUAUACAUAUGAUGGCAAUAUGGCGAAGGCAAUUCAAGGUCACAGGCGUUUUGAGGGCUUCAAGAAGACCAUAAGUCCAGACAAGGAGAAUUUCGUCAAACUUGUCGAUAACCUCGAUGAAGGAAAGAUAUCGUGGAAAAAAUUCAGUUCGAAAGUGAAAGCGCUUCAUAAAAAUCGAGCCGGGGCUCCAUAUCUUAGAGUGGCUGGAGAAUUCCCAAAGUUGGAGGAGAGUUUUUAUGCAAACCCCUAUCCAGGAUGCAUUUGUGAUAAAACCACAGAAAAGUAGAGGCCAAAAGGAUUGGCUUAUAUUCUCUUCGACUCCUCCGACUCCAUAAGAAGAGGUUAAAGGUUUAACUAUUUAUUUGGGCACGUCCCCACCGACAGCGACCGUUGUAAACUUUCAAAUUUUGGAAAGGUCUCUGGUUAGAGAAUACUUCAUCGUCGAG